CAACCGACCCUCACUUCAUUUCUUCUCUUCCUUCUAUAAAGGCAACAAAGGUUUCUUGCUUAAAAUCUGUAUUUUUUACACACAAAUCAUUGUAUACUUCUAAUGUCUGUUGAGUUGAGUUGUGCACUCCCCUGAAAUCCUUUCCAAAAGCCAACUCCUUUUUCCACUCCUAUAAUCUCCAAAAUCCAUUUUUUUUUUCUUUAAAGCUUCACUUUUUAAUUUUUUAAUCUCCAAGUCCAAGGCCUACAACAGGGGAUGCCACUACCCUAUAGAGUGGCGGUUUUUGUCUACAUAGCUAUUCUUGUUAUGUGCAAAUGGUAGCUCAAGGGCCUAUAUAUAUGUGUGUAUGUGAACACUUGUUGUUGCUAUCUCCAAGUCUCUAUUUGGGAGCACCAAUGGCUUUGUUCAUGGAAAUUCUUGGUGGUGUUGUCUUGGUGCUCUGUUUUUGCUCUGUUCUCUUGAAGUGGAAUGAAGUAAGGUAUAGGAGGAAAGGCUUGCCUUCUGGCACAAUGGGGUGGCCUGUUUUUGGGGAGACAACUGAGUUUCUUAAGCAAGGCCCAAACUUCAUGAAGAACAAGAGGGCGAGGUAUGGCAGUUUUUUCAAAUCCCACAUCCUGGGGUGUCCUACCAUUGUAUCCAUGGAUCCGGAGAUAAAUAGAUACAUACUCAUGAAUGAAUCUAAAGGGCUUGUUCCUGGGUACCCACAAUCCAUGUUAGAUAUCUUAGGCAAACGCAAUAUUGCAGCUGUUCAUGGCUCCACUCACAAGUACAUGAGAGGAGCACUGCUUUCCAUCAUUAGCCCCACCUUGAUCAGAGAUCAGCUUUUACCAAAAAUUGAUGAGUUCAUGAGAACCCACUUGAGUCAUUGGGAUAACAAAGUCAUAAACAUCCAAGACAAAACUAAAGAGAUGGCAUUUCUCUCUUCCCUGAAGCAGAUUGCUGGCAUGGAAUCCAGCUCAAUAUCUCAACCCUUCAUGACAGAGUUCUUUAAACUAGUUUUGGGAACUCUCUCUUUGCCAAUUGAUCUUCCUGGCACUAAUUAUCGCCGUGGAUUGCAGGCAAGGAAGAGUAUUAUCAGCAUUUUGAGUCAGUUGCUAGAGGAAAGGAAAACAUCACAAAAUGCACACGUGGACAUGCUUGGUUGCUUGAUGAAUAGAGAUGGAAAUCGAUACAAACUAAGUGAUGAGGAAAUCAUUGAUCUAAUUAUUACAAUUAUGUAUUCUGGUUAUGAAACUGUUUCAACUACAUCAAUGAUGGCCGUGAAGUACCUCCACGACCAUCCCAAAGUUCUUGAAGAAAUCAGAAAAGAGCACUUUGCCAUAAGAGAAAGGAAAAAGCCAGAGGAUCCAAUUGAUUGUAAUGAUCUCAAAUCAAUGAGGUUUACUCGUGCGGUGAUUUUUGAGACCUCGAGAUUAGCUACAAUAGUUAAUGGGGUUCUAAGAAAAACAACUCAUGACAUGGAACUAAACGGCUAUUUGAUUCCUAAAGGGUGGAGGAUAUAUGUAUAUACUAGAGAGAUCAAUUAUGAUCCUUUUCUGUAUCAUGAUCCACUUGCAUUCAACCCUUGGAGAUGGCUGGUUUGUAAAACAACCUAUACAUAUUUUCUUUUUUUAACACAAAAGGCUUGCAAAUUAAUGAGCAACCGCAAAAUGCAGGGUAACAGUCUAGAGUCACAAAGCCACUUCUUGAUAUUUGGGGGAGGCACCAGACAAUGUCCUGGGAAGGAGUUGGGGAUAGCAGAAAUUUCCACUUUCUUACACUACUUUGUAACUAGAUACAGGUGGGAAGAAGUAGGAGGGGAUAAACUAAUGAAAUUCCCUAGAGUUGUGGCACCAAAUGGACUGCACAUUAGGGUCUCAUCUUAUACUAACUAGGCCAUGUGUAUGUACAGUAAUGAGAUAUAGGAAAUAGUAGGGUUCUUUUGUAUGAUAUAUGCUCUAACAAGUAGAAAAAUCAAUGAAAUUAGCUUCUUUCUA